AUGGCUUGCACACGUGAAAGCUAUCGCAUAGCGAGCGCGCUAUUGCGUCGGCAAUUGCCUAUCCGGACAGCUGCCCCUGGUGUGAGGAGAUUUGCCUCGACCGAGGCUGAGAAGCCUUCAUCAAACCAGAUCGACGACCUUUCAGAGCUUGACGAUGCGUCAUCUUUCAACACACCUGCUCCCGACGCAGCUAUCUUGGAUGCGUUCAAGAGCCGUCCUCCUCCCGUUCGUACAGGCAAGCUGCCCGCCAACAGGUACCAAUACCACCCACCCAAAUUCAAUCGCGGACCUCUUCACCCAGUACAAUCACCACCGUCGUCCGAUCCCAUAGCCCGUAACUUCGUGCCCGGCCCUUUCAACCACCCGCGUCUGCGACACACCCACGAUUCAACCAUUGCACCAGACCUACUCACAUUGACCUACCAACACCACCCGCCUGGGGAAGAGCGCGUCGUAUCCACAAAAGGAGAGCUCAGAGACUGGGAUGGCUCAUCGCCGUAUCAUAAAAACCGCCCCAAGAGAGGGCCGAGGGGUCCUGGUUCUGAUAGGCUGGCUUUGUUGGAGCGCGAUAUUGUGUUCAACAACAUCCCCGAAAUCAAGUCUGUCAGCAUAUCUAUGCACCAGCCUGAAGCUGCACGCGACAAGGAGUACUUGAAUGUGGCCCGCGCAGUGUUGCAAGCGAUUACUGGAAAGUUCACCGAAUUGAAUUUCUUGAAGAAGAACGUGGUGCAAUUCCAGAUUAGGAAGGGUGGUAUCGGAGGUGUCAAUGUGACACUCGAGGGCAACGACGCAUACGAAUUUGUGGAUAAGCUCGUUACCUUGGUGCUGCCUAAAAUCAAGGAGUGGCCUGGUGUGAAAGCCACAAGCGGCGACGACAAUGGCAACAUCUCCAUUGGUCUUCACAAAUCGGCCAUGACCUUCUUUCCUGAACUGGAGUACAAUUUCUCGGCGUACCCGGCGAAAAUGAUUCCUGGCUGUUAUAUCACCAUUCAGACCACUGCCACCUCUGACCGGCACGGGCGUCUGCUACUAGAAGCAUUGGGUUUCCCCUUUUACGGCAAGGUCAAGAACUAA